UAUUUUUCGUCGUACCCUUUCAUUUCCGGUGACGAAAUUCAGAAAUUCUGUUCACUUUAUAACAUUAAAAUGGCACCAGUUGAGCCAGGAGUAGUAUAUUUAUGCUUACUUGGUAUUGUUGCAGUCUCUAUAAUGUUAAUUUCAAUAUUCUGCAAAGAAAAGAAAGGUAAAAAAGAUGAACCUGCACCAAGACGAAAUAUUGCAGAGAGACAAGCAGCUGAUAAUGUUCCAAGAGGGGCACGCCAGCGUGUGAGACCAAGAGGAAGAAGAAUGAUGAACAGGGAAGAUGAUUCUGCAGAAGGUAGUGAAGAAGAAGAAGACAUGUUUGGCAAUACAGAAAGAGACGGGAAAAUUGGAGCAAAAAAGCAAAAAAAAUUACAGGAGAAGGCUGAAAAGAAAGCUAACAGAUUGGCAGAAGAACAAGAAAGAGAAGAUAAGAAAAAAAGAGAUGCACUGUUAGAAAAACAAAGACAGAAGGAAGAAGAAAUACAAAAAGCCCAAGAUGAGGAGGAGGCAAAACAAGAGCAGCUUAAAAAGGAGGAAGAAGAAAAACGGGAAUAUGAAGAAUAUUUAAAAUUGAAAGCAGCUUUUACUGUUGAUGAAGAAGGAGAAGAAGAUAUAGGGCCAGAUCUAUCGUCACAAUCUCUGUUACAAGAAUUUAUAGAUUAUAUAAAGGAAAUGAAAGUUAUCAUGCUUGAAGAUUUAGCCUCUCACUUCAAAAUUAAAACACAGGAUGCAAUCAAUAGAGUUCAGGAAUUACAAGACGAAGGACGUUUAACUGGAGUUAUUGAUGACAGAGGAAAAUUUAUUUAUAUAACAAUGGAGGAACUUGAAUCUGUGGCUAAAUAUAUUAAACAGCAUGGACGUGUAUCCAUAUCAGAUUUGGCUGAGUCUAGUAACAGACUGAUUAAUCUUAAUCCAGACAAUAGUGAAGUCCAAAUCAAACUUAUGUCAGAAGUUUCUGGUUAAAUUUUUAAAAAGACAAUGUUUUUGAUCGAAGUUUAUGAAAUUCACUUUAUUUAAUUCAUGGAUACAAUUUAUGAUGGGGAAAAUAUGCAUACUAUCAAAAUACUUGAUAUUAUGAUUGGCAAUAAAAAAAAGUACCCCAGUCCUUUUGUGAUGAAAUAGAAGUUCCUUCAUAAUAGUUCCAAAUGGAAAAAAAUAUUCUGGAAUAUUUUCCACUGGAACAAAUAUUACUGCAUUGUUCCUAUUUAAAGGGAAUAAAAGGUAUAUGUUCAACAGGAACAGAUAUUAUGGCAUUGUUUAUAACAAAGUUUCCAGGGCAAAACAAAUAUAGGAAAAGGUUAUCCUUUUUUCAUGGACAUUUACGAACAAUAAUUUAUUAGAUACCAGAAGAAGUACAAUUUGUACUUUGUGAAGAAUAAAAUAUGUUGAACUGAGGUCUGUGGUUUUUUGAUGUUUUGAGAUGACCUAUAAUAAUUUUACAUGGAAAGUCUGAUUUGAACCUUAAUACACAUAAAGCAUUCUAAGUUAAAAAUUAAUAAAAUCUUAUUGAGACUCAUGAUGAAAAGAUAUGGAAGGGCUGAGAAAAUCUAGAAAAGAAAGUCUGGAACUUUGAACUGUAAUAAUAAUAUUUAAAAAUUGAAUCACAGUUAAAGCUGAAACUAAUAGAUUCUUAAUUUACAUAAAAAAAACAUUUCAGUAACAAACAAAUCAGGAUGUGCUCUUGACUCAACUCUCAGCAUCUGCCAGUUAACUUGUCUUGUCAAGAAUUCGUAUAAUUAAGUAGUUUUACUGAAUUUGUUGUCAUUUCAUUAAUCUACAGCUCAUGAGAAGGAAAAUAUUUUAAACAAAUAUAGCCUGUUCAUAGUCAUACAUUCAACAUUUUAAAUUCUGCAAAUUAGAAAAAGAUCAUGAAAAAGGUGUCUACCAAUGAAAUUGUUUAUGUAAAAUGAAAUAAUCACAGCUUAAAAAAAUUGAACCUCAUGAAUAAAACAGUCAUUCCAUUCAAUGGUAUAACCAGUGUUUGAUUGUACUUUUUUUUUUUCAAUUGUUGCACUUUUUCAACAAUCUGACACAUUCAUUUUUUUUGCUCUACUAAUUGUGCUAUUAGAAUUACACUUCUGAAUUCUUUUAUAAAUCUUGUUAUCUUUACAAUUAUUUUGUAUGUUUAUAAAUAUGCUUUUGGAAUCAAAUUGACAUUUUUGGAGAGCUGAAAUGAUUUCUCAGACACUAAACUGCAAACAUGUUUAUUCAUUAAAAGAUGUAACAAUU